CAAACGAAUUCGAGGUGUGGACCCACUAGUAGAACCAUUGCGCCUCGUAAAAACACAACGGCAUCUAUUCCGUACAUCACAUACUUCUAUAUAGAGCGAGAGCGCAGCCUCCUCACCCGAAACCCAGUCCAGUCAGAUCUUCCAUCUUCCACCUCUCACCGUCAUCAUCAUGCCCCCCAGUAUCUCCGUAAUCAUCGUCGGCGCCGGUCUGGGCGGACUCGCUACGGCCAUUGGGCUGCGCCGCGCCGGCCAUCAGGUCACUGUGCUGGAGAAGGCGCCGGCUCUAGGAGAGAUAGGAGCGGGAAUCAAGGUCCCUCCGAACUCAGGCCGGGUGUUCCGCGAAUGGGGUCUUCAGGACGCGCUGGAGAAGAUCUGCAUCUGUCCGCAGGAGAACCACAUGCGGUCGUACGGCGACGGGGAGGUGCUGUCGACGAUGCCGCUGGGCCGGAAGAGCAUGGUGGAGGCGUACGGGAUCCCCUACUACGUGGUGCACCGGGUGGACCUGCACCACCUGCUGGCGGAGGCGGCGCAGCGGGAGGGGGCGGUGAUCGAGCUGGGGACGGAGGUGACGGGGGUGACGGGGGUGCGCGGCACGCCGGAGCAGGCCUUUGUGCAGCUGGCCGGGGGGGCAGAGCGGGCGGCGGACCUGGUGCUCGGGGCGGACGGCGAGCGGUCGCGCGUGCGCACCUCGCUGCUGGGCCACGAGUUCCCCUGGCGCGACAGCGGCGACCACGUCUUCCGCGCCACCGUGCCCCUGACGGCCCUGGAGGCCGACGAGCAGCUGCGCGCGCUCACCCGCGGCAUCAACUGGUGGGUUGGCCCCCGCGGCAACGCCCUCACCUACCCGCUCAGGCGCGGCCGCCUGCUCAACAUCGUUCUCACCCACGUCCAUCCGCCGGAUGCCACUGUGCAGUUCGCCCCGCAGCCCAUCGCGAAGGAGGCGGUGGCCGCCGAGUUCGCCGGCUGGGAUCCCUUGUUCCAUCGUCUGUUGGACCUGACUACCACCUGCGCGCGUUGGACCCUGCUGCACACCGACAUGCCGUCCCGGUGGACGGGCGAGACGGGCAACAUCGCCUUGCUGGGGGACGCUGCGCACGCAGUCUUACCGUACCUCGCCCAAGGCGCAGCGCUCGCCUUCGAGGACGCCGCCGCGCUGAGCGUCCUCUUCGGCGCGAUGCAAGACAAAGCGCAGAUUCCCGAUCUCCUGACCAUCUUCGAGGCCAUCCGCCAGCCCCGGGCGCGGGAGAUGCGCCGCCGCGUCGGCAUGGCGCGCGACAUCUGGUCUCUGCCGGAUGGGCCCCAGCAGCGCGAGCGGGACCGCCAGCUGCGGGAGCACGAACACGACCCCUACGACGGAUAUCCGAACGUCCUGGCGGAUCCCGCCCUCACGCGGUGGAUGUUUGGCUACGAUGCGUUCGAGACGGCGCGCGAGGCGUGGCGGAAAUUCGCGAGGGGCCAGUUUCCUAUGACUCGCGGGACGUGGAAGUUGAACCGGGAGGGCCGGGAGUAGAUGCUGUGUGAUUAUGGUUAGAGUACUAUGAAUAGCCAUUGGUUUGUGGUUCCUAUUUUGUUCCUUGCUUGAGAAGAAUACGAGACUUUGUAGACCAGAGAAAGGAUAAUAGAUUGACACAGUAAGACUUGGGGUUUGUGAUAUCUUGACCAACGCCGUCUGAUAGAAGGACUUGUCUUCGGCCGUUUUCUGGGGCCAGUAAUGGAUGCCAGCUGGUCUGAGUGAAUGGCCCCAUGCACUACCACUCGAGCAACCAUGCUGAUGGGCUGUCAUGUUAUCUUCGUGCUCGGUGCAUUGGACUAUAGUAGCUAGCUGCUAGCUCCUAUGCCACGCGGCGCUAAUAACCGCCGAAGAACAGACUGCAGGAAACUUGCGGAGAAUACGACAAGACCUCGAGUCUCACCAGCCUGUCGUAAUUCAUGCGGCGAUGACGAUACGCCCAGUCG